UCCUUUCCUCGCCUCUCCCCUCCCCUCCCCCCUCCCGUCCCCACCCCCUCGGCCGCUCCGCUCCCUGGCGUGACUCGGCACUGAGAGUCCCGGAGAAGGCGCCGCGGUCGUCACCUCCUGCGUUCAGGCCUCGGCCUCUCCCCUUCCUCUCCCGGGUCUUCUCCUUCAGUUUUGAAGCCGGUGGCGUCGCGGCCGCCCUGCCGGGCUAAGAAUGGUGGGAGUGAAGCCGGUCGGGAGCGACCCAGAUUUCCAGCCGGAGCUGAGCGGCGCGGGCUCCAGACUCGCCGUGGUCAAGUUCACCAUGCGAGGGUGUGGACCAUGUUUAAGGAUUGCCCCGGCAUUCAGUUCUAUGAGUAAUAAGUAUCCACAGGCAGUUUUCUUGGAAGUUGAUGUACAUCAGUGUCAGGGAACAGCUGCCACCAACAAUAUAUCAGCAACACCUACAUUUCUGUUUUUUCGAAACAAAGUGAGAAUUGAUCAGUAUCAAGGAGCAGAUGCUGUUGGAUUAGAAGAAAAAAUCAAGCAGCACUUAGAAAAUGACCCUGGAAGCAAUGAGGACACAGAUAUUCCAAAAGGCUAUAUGGAUUUAAUGCCUUUUAUUAACAAAGCUGGCUGUGAGUGUCUUAAUGAAAGUGAUGAGCAUGGAUUUGACAACUGUUUACGAAAAGAUAUGACCUUCUUGGAAUCUGAUUGUGAUGAACAGCUGCUUAUUACUGUGGCGUUUAAUCAACCUGUCAAGCUUUAUUCAAUGAAAUUUCAAGGGCCAGAUAAUGGUCAGGGUCCUAAAUAUGUAAAAAUUUUUAUCAAUCUACCCCGGUCUAUGGAUUUUGAAGAAGCAGAAAGAAGUGAACCAACUCAAGCUCUGGAACUAACAGAGGAUGAUAUUAAAGAAGAUGGCAUUGUCCCACUUCGUUAUGUUAAGUUUCAGAAUGUUAACAGUGUAACUAUAUUUGUUCAGUCCAAUCAAGGUGAAGAAGAAACAACAAGAAUUUCAUAUUUUACUUUUAUUGGUACUCCAGUCCAGGCAACAAAUAUGAAUGACUUCAAACGAAGAAUACACAUUGGCAAGUUGAGAGUUAUCAACCUGUGAAACAGUAGUUGGCAAAAAAGGAGAAAGUCACUAAGGUACAAAAGACACUGGAAGACCAUAUUGCAAUCAGAUCUACAGCUCCUGGAUAAUUGCUUGAUUCUCAUCAGAGACUGUCAAUAUUCCAUUCAUUGCCAUUACCAAUAAAUCAUUGCUUUUGUUCGGAUGGUAUCACUAGUGUUUUUAUUGUAAUCUUGAUACAUUCAAUUGUAAAUAAAAGUCACUACUUUUGCCAAGCUUAA